AUGGAUGUUGCAAGUGUUCUCUGUAUGAAUCCUCCAGGAGAUGGGAAAAGAAGCUACGCCAAUAAUUCUCUCCUCCAGAGAAUAACAAUAUCAAAAUCCAAGCCAUUUCUAGUAGAAACCACAAAAAACAUGAUAAGGUCGAUGAAGAGGAGUAGUAGCAGUGUUAAUGGCGGUUGGCCGGCUUGUUUCAGAGUUGCAGAUUUGGGUUGCUCGUCGGGACCCAAUACUCUACAGGUGAUCUCAGAGAUUAUUAACACCAUUGAUGACGAUAUCAUCUGCAACCAGCAGAAAGAUGAUCGUGAUCAUCAUGAUCCAGAAAUCCAAGUCUUCUUAAACGACCUUCCUACCAAUGAUUUCAACAGUGUUUUGAAAGAAGUUCCUGCAUUUUAUAAUCAACGUGAUAAAAACAAGCUUCGCUGUUUUGUAUCGGCUGUGGCUGGUUCCUUCUAUGGCAGACUGUUUCCCAAGGAGAGUCUUGAUUUUGUACAUUCUUCUACCAGUCUUCAUUGGCUCUCCAAGGUUCCAGAUUAUAUCAAUGAGGAAAACAAGGGAAAGAUAUACAUAGCACACUCAAGUCCUCCAAAUGUAUACAAAGCAUACAAGGAGCAAUUUGAGAAGGAUUUCUCAAAUUUCUUGAGGCUACGGUGUGAAGAAAUGAAAGCAGGAGGUUGUAUGCUUCUUAUCUUAGUUGGUAGAAGAAUUCCACAUCCCUCCGCCUCUAAAUAUUUUUCUCCCUUUUGGGACCUUCUUGCAACAUCUCUCAUGGAUUUAGUUGCCAAGGGACUUGUGAAAGAAGAUGAUAUAAACUCGUUCAACAUGCCUUGUUACACUCCAUAUAAGGAAGAAGUAAGAGAGAUAAUUGAGAAAGAAGGUUCGUUCAAUCUCGACAAACUGGAAACCCUUGAAGUGAAUUGGGAUCUCAGGGAAGCUAUAGAGAUCGGAGAAGAAAAUUUUGUAUUAAAUGAGAAUCAAAGUGGGCAAAUUAUUAGUGAUUACAUAAGAGCCAUCGCAGAAUCCAUUCUUGUUCAUCAUUUUGGAGAAGCCAUAAUUGAUAGUUUAUUUAAAACUUACUCCGAGCAUAUUACUGAAUAUCUUCACUUUCAUAAUCCAAAGCAUGUUAACAUUCUCCUUUCAAUGACAAAAAAAUAG